GACAAAGAGAGCCAUCCCCUCCCCUCCCUCACUCAUUGGCUCGACCAAGCAACCAAGAAUAGCAAGGGGGAGCUCUACAAUUCACCAUUUUCACACCCAAAUUCGAGCUCAAGGAAGAAGGUCCAAAGAGGAGUGUUUGGAGAAGGAAAAAGGUUGGGAAAGGUGUGAACAAUUAAGGCACUUGUAAAGGGUAUUUCAAGUGAUUUCACAAAGUUGGAAAAGUCGCCGGAAUUGUCGCCGGAGUUGACCAAAAGUCGCCGGAGUUUCACCGGAGUUCAACCAAGAAGGGUAGAACUUCUUAACGCUAGUUCAAGAUUUCACCAUGAGCCGUAAGCUCUUCAUGGCCCAGGCGAAAAAGAUGGUUGCCAAAGAAAUGGAAGCUGCCCAGCGGGCCGACGCGUCCAAGGGGUCCGGUGACGGGUCUAAGUCUCAGGCCGAUGCGGCGAAGAAGGCCGUUGCGACCAAGAAGAAGAAGAGGUCCGCUGAAGGGCAACAGACCUUGACGGAGGCGGGGCUGGUGCCGGCUGAAGGUGCUAAGAAGGCGAAGCCGAGCCCUCCCCUUCGAGAUGCUGUUAUGGCCGACGCGCAAGCGUCGGUUCAAGGGGAGGCUGCCUCUGAUGUGCAGGUCAUCGAGGAUCUGACUUUGAACGUCGCCUCGUCCUCCCUCGUUCCUGCUAACCCCGGUGCCGUUGCUAAAGAGAGGGCCCGCGCCGGCCGAGACCUGGCCUCUGGUCUUUAUGAGGUUACGGUGCGGUAUCCGCCGAAGGGCGGUUUAUUCAAUGAUAAGGUCUCUGGGCACGACGUCCUUUUCCAGGCCAUUCCUGAUGCUGACAGGGAGUAUCUGCGUCGGCAGGGUAAGGAUGUGCGCCUUUUCGACGGUGGGCUUGACUACGUCGUCCAGGGGGCCUUCAUGCUGAUGGAGCAGCAGCGACGUCAGGAAGAGGAGCUUGCUCGCCUUCGGGAAGCUGAGAAGAAAGUCGCUUCUGCUGACGAGGCGCUUUCCCAGCUGGAGCGGCUUCGUACUGAGACUGACGCUUUGAAGGAAAAAGCUGAUGCAGCCGAGAAAAAAGCCGCCGCUGCUGAGGACGAGGCGAAACACCUCAAGGUUCAGUUAGACGAAGAAGCGGCUGCCCGUCGGCUAGCAGAGGAAAGAGCUGUGAAGCUUGAGGCCGAUGCGAUUGCAGCUGCCGAUAAGGCCAUUGAGCUUUUUAUGGCCGAGGGGUGGAAGGACGAGGCCCGAAGCGAUUGGUCUUUCAAUGUUGUGGCGGAGCGCUUUGAAGCGUGGUCUCAGGAGGAGGCUGGCCGAGCCCGCCUGAAGGAGGAGUUUGAAGUCUGGUACGACCUAGGCCAGAGGCGUAUGCAGAUGUUGGUUUACCGCCGCCUCCGCCGGCGUGUAAAGAACUUGAAGCCCAGGGGUAUCGGCCUUCCCCGGAUGAUGAAGGACCCCGAGGAGGAGUUGAAACUUCCUCUGUCCGAAAGGCAGCCCCCCAUCCUGAGCUCGGAUGAAGAGGACGAGCCCUGGACCGAGAGUGAUGACUACCUGUUCCGUAGCUCGGCGCGGUCCAAGAAUACCGAGGAUGAGCAAGACGAUGCGGACAGCGGAGCCGUUGAGGGUGGCCAAGGACAAGCUGCUUAGUGCCUUCUUGUACUUCAUUUCUUUUUUGUAGCCCCAAUGGCCGAAGCGCCCUGGUGUAUGUAAUGGCCGAAGCGCCCUUUUUGUAAUGGCCGAAGCGCC